AUGCUUGAGCACGUUCAGAAUACACGAUGUGGCCGAUAUUCCCCAUCCACCCUACCUUUCACAACAUUAAGUUUACAAUCCCAUACGUCGAAUGUUCCAACUUAUCAAGGCUUCGGAGAAGAAUACACCCCUAUUGUCAACAAUGACGAAGUUUUCACAAUAUUCGUCGAUGUUUCCUACUUCAACUUGAUAGAUCUGGUGGUCGAAGUUGACGGUCCGUUUCUAUGUCUUGAAGCUAAGCAAGAAUCGAACAACUUGAGAAACUUUGUCGAAAGAUCAUACACAAGUCGAUGGACCUUACCUACUGAUGUUGACCAGUCUGCCAUCACUAGCUCUUUCAAUGACGGUAGAUUGACGAUCAAGUGUCCAAAGAAGAAAGAAACUCCUUUGAUUAUUCCAAUCGAUGUGAUUCAUAAGAAUAGUAAUUAA